UCUUUGAGUAUAAAGCUCUCGGCAAAGUGAGAUUAACAAACAGUACGUUUGUAAAAAUGCAAUCGAUUAUUAUCUCUAUCUUUCUGCUGGGAUUGUCGUCCAUCGGGGCACAUCCAAUACUGGAAACAAAUGUCUAUCAAAGGAUAAAUAGCACAACUUAUGGACAAGGAAAAGAUCAGACAACUGAGAAAUACGAAGCGCUACACAUAACAACUCUUGAAAAGGCUGCAAAAUUAGAGCAGAACCACACAAUUCAAUCAAAAAUGUUAAUACUGAAAAAGCAUUCCACAAAGUCAAUGAAUGAUACCGUUGAAAUGCCAAUCUUCUGCAAUUUUACAAUAUCUCUGAUGGGCGCGAAUUUGACUAAAGCAGUGCGAAUAACUCCUAGUGAAAUACCUAUAGUGAAUAUGAAUAAUAAGAAAAAGGUGCCAACUAAUGAUACUAAUAUAAUGCCCUGUGGAUUUGACACUAAAUUAAGCGCAACAGCUCUAAAGGUGAUUGCAGGUGGUUAAGUCUACAUUAAUUAUUGUAAUUUAGAGAAUUAAUUAAUAAUAAAGUGCACUUUG